AAAAGCUAGAUUUUCUAAAGCUGUAUCUUUUCACUGUUUAGUUAUAGAUUAUUUCACCUCCAAACUUUUUAACACACCAAGCGUUCCCUUUGUCUAUCCACAGGUUGUGUGGAAAGCUACCACAGCAGUGGGAGUGGCCCAGGCUGCUGUCGGUUCAGGCUCUUCAAAACAAAUCUUCAUUGUGGCUCGUUAUCGUCCGAGAGGAAACUUUUUAAGAAUUUUUAAAGAGAACGUGGGUAACAAGCGAGCUAGCGGAACAGUUCCAACAACUGCUGCUCCCUCGCCUAUCAGAAUGCAAAGCACAACAUUGCUACCACCGACGCCCCUCCCGAGUCUAACAUCUGUAGGUGGGUAAUAUUUUCUAUGUGUACGAAUAAGCUUUUCCCUUGCAGGAAAGGCCUAAACCCUCUCGAGGUGGCUUAGGCAGCCGGUGUUUAAAUCCAGAUCACGGGCUAACGCUAUUAUUGUAAUUGUAGUUUGAUACUGAAAAGCCCCGAGGGGUGUAUUAUAAUAAGCAUUUAAAUUCCCUUUACUAGAUGUUUCCCGUCACAUUUUGGAACAGUAAAAUGUGAACGGAAUCUAUGUAAUAAACUUCUUCUUAACGUUCAUUAGCCCGUGUUUGCUUAGUCGUUACCAGAAAUACCUUACGCGAUUGCUGAUCUCCCAGCUGCACGGCCCUUACAAUCGUUUAAUAAGGAGGAAAUACCAGUAACAUUUUAUGUCCCAUUUUGGUUGGAUAGAAAAUGCCUGCUUGAAAGCACACAACGACAGACGCGCACUGCAUGGAUCUGGUCCGCUGAUCUGGGAUGAUAAACUAGUGCAGCAUGCUCAGGUCUGGGCUGAUCAUUUAGCUGCAACAGCGAAAAUGCGUCAUGACCCAGACCUGGAAGGGGAGGGAGAAAACCUGGCUUUGUUUGUAGGAUAUCAAACCGCAGACUGUACGGACGCUUUGGAAGGAUGGUACGACAGUGAAAAGCCGAAGUAUGAUUACAAGAAUCCUGGUUUUUCACAAGAGGCUGGUCAUUUUACGCAGCAUCCCAUNGCUGCAACAGCGAAAAUGCGUCAUGACCCAGACCUGGAAGGGGAGGGAGAAAACCUGGCUUUGUUUGUAGAAUAUCAUACCGCAGACUGCACGGACGCUUUGGAAGGAUGGUACGACAGUGAAGAGCCGAAGUAUGAUUACAAGAAUCCUGGUUUUUCACAAGAGACUGGUCAUUUUACGCAGGUUGUGUGGAAAGCCACCAAAGCGGUAGGAGUGGCGCAAGCUUCAACAGGUUCAGGAUAUUCAAAACAGAUCUUCAUUGUGGCACGUUAUCGACCAGGAGGAAACUUUAUAGGAAUGUUCAGAGAAAACGUUGGGGAGAAGCGAUCGAGUUAAAGGUGUAUACCCCAUAAAUUUUGUUUGCUUGUUAUAUGGUUUAUUCGUUUUACGUGAGAUUUGAUGGAACCCCAAAACAGAGAUAUGUACACACGAAGGUUUUACUUUCUUGUCCUUUUUUGGCCUUUAUUUAUUAGAACGGAAAUACUGAGCCGACAGCAAAAGCAGUCAGUUGGUCCAAGAACAGACAGCUUAAAUGAAUGAAAAAAUGAGUCGGAAAGUUAGAAGUACCUGAAAAUCGAUGUGCAGCCCUUCAAAGACAUGAACUAUGUGUGAUUGAUCACUUUUCUGACUGACUGGCCGACUGGCUGACUGACUGACUAACAGACAGACAGAUUGACACGCCGAU